AUGCGUCUGGUCGGUCUUGUCGUAGCCCUCGCCGCAUUGGCGGAGGCGCAAUUCCCAGAAACUCCUGGAGCCAAUGGUGAACCUACCACCACGACUCUUCACCCUCUUCCCUUUGAGACUACUUCAUCUGAUAUUCCUGUCUUCGAUAAGACGACUUCUUCAGAUAUUGCAUUUCCAGAAACCAGCACAGGUGUCCCGGUUUCUGAUAUUGUGUCUACUUCGACCGAUGUCUUGCCUGAGCUGCCUGAGUCCAAGAGCACCGACAUUGCGGUUGACAGUACUUCUACUGCUAAUGGCGAGUCGCCUCUUGACUCGAUAUCCUCAGGUAAUGUCCCUAUUGAACAACCCACUACUGGGACAGAACUGCCCACUGGUCAUGAGACUACGACUCAACAGUCACCAGCUAUCGACACUACAACGUCGCAGGAGCCCCCCAUAGCAGAAGUAACUACUCAGCAACCUCCUGCCCUCUAUACUACCACCACUGUUCAGACACCUGUUAUCGAGCCUACUAGCCAGCAGCCUCCUGCUCAAGACUCCACAACUGAGCAACUGACAUCGCUGGAUACCACUUCCCAACCUUUUGUUGGAGAAGAGACUACCAGUACCCAGGCGCCUGUUGUCGUCAUCACUUCCUCAGAACAGCCUGUUGAGGUGCCAUCAACGACUGAGAAGCCUGAGGACCCCAAGCCUACUACUACUGAGCAGGAGGAAGCUGAGCCUACUAGUAAAGAUGAGGAGUCUGAUCCUAAGUCUGAAGACUCAGACAAUGAUGACCCCAAGACCAAGGAUGAGACUGACCCUGAGCCCACCACCAAGCAAGAUGAAGCUCCUAUCACAGUUCCUCCUGCUGCUGUCACUGCUGAGCCCCAAGAGACCAUAUUUGGUGUCAGCGAUAACACUCUGCAUAGCACCAAGGAUAGUGAUGGCAAUGAUGUUGUUGUCCCUGUCCUCUUUGGCCCCUCCUGCCUGAUCUUUUGUGAGCAUGCUGGCAAAGACAAUGGUCCUGGCGGCAUUGUUCUUUGGGGUAUUGGGCCUGCACCUGGAAGCUACGUCCUUCCCCCUCUCCCUGGCAUCACUCCAGCUCCAUCAGCUGUCAUCCUCGAAGGAGGUGUACCAACACCAGUUGGGACUCAGACACCCGAGGAUCCUAAUGAUCAGGAAGAUGAUGACGAUGACGAUGACGAUGACAAGAGUACUGCUGAGUCUACCGCACCUUCCACUACUGAGGCUAGCACCACUGAGCUGCCUCAGCUAUCGAUGGGCGUUGAGACGGUCGUAGUGAACGUUGAUGCUACUCCUGCCACCGGUGCCACCUCCAGUGAAGCUACGACGGAGGCCGCCAGCACUGAAGCAUCUACCGAGACUACUGGGCUUGCCCAAUUGUCUAUGGGCGUGGACACCGUCGUCGUAGACGUCGAUGCGACUCCAACAACUGGAGAAACUACUGAAACUUCUGUCACUACUUCUACUGAGACCACUGAGGCUACCACUCAGACGACUGAGCUUCCUCAGCUGAGCAUGGGAGUCGAUACGGUCGUUGUCGAUGUUGAUGCUACCGCUACUACAGGAGGCACCACUGAGACCUCGGCUGAGUCUGCCACUACCGAAGGGUCGAGCACUGAGAUUUCCGAGACCACGGAAACUCAGGAUACCACUUCUGCCGAGAUGACUUCAACAGAGGCCGCAACUGCUGAGUCGACGACAGUAGGACCUACAUCUACUGAGACUUCUGUGCAGUCUACUACUUUCGCUACCUCCACCACUACCAAGGAGCCUGAACGCGAGUAUCCUUGCAUCAUUCACGCCAAUCCCGGCAUUGAUCCUUACUGCGCCUGUGAGACUACAGUCAGUGGCAAGGGAUUCUAUGUUUCCACUGAUUUGAUCUCAUCGUCCUGCGCCGACUACACGACCUUCCCUUCCUCUAUCGCUACCGAUGCUUUUGAGCCCAAGGUGACCGAGAAGCCCGAUCCUGAGCCUUACAUCAAGACCGAUGAUGGAACAGUGGUUUCUUACCCCGACCGCACAGUCAAAGUUGGAAACUACCCUGGUGGAAAGUAUACUUACACCCAGGGUGUCGGAGACGGCGUCACGCUCGAGACUCCUCUGCCCACGCAGACUGAUGCGAACAACAAGGGCUCUAGUCAGUGCGGUAGCAUCGAUGAUGCAUGUGACCGUGCUUUGAACGAUGGUUUUGAUGACGAGACGACAUACACGGACUAUGUAUCGCGCUAUGCUAGGAUCAAGAGCGGCAUGAUCAUGCUCGCGUCGUUUGGCCAAGCUGGUUGCACGGCCCAGUUCAAGUGCGAUGACUAUGGUCUCGGAAUGAAGGGCAAGGAUAUCAAGGAUGCGUAA